UGAAUGAAUCCCUAAACUGAGCCGUUGUUUGGCCCUAUCUUCGAAUCCAUCCCUCUCACUGGAAACACUCUCUCCAGUCUCCUCUCACGACGGCUCAUCCAUCGCCACUUCCAACGCUUUCCUAUCCAAUCCAUCUCUUCGCUCCAUUUUUCAUCAUUUCAAAUUCAAGAAGUAUGGAGGAAGAGGAUGAUUAUGUUGAAUAUGUGCCUGUGGCAAAGAGGAGAGCAAUGGAAGCUCAGAAAAUCCUUCAGCGCAAGGGUGCGUCUUCAACUGUUGAAGAUGAGUUGGAAAAAUCCAAAGAAGCUGAAGCCAAGCCAAGUCUUCUUGUGAAAGCAUCCCAGUUGAAGCGAGAUGCUCCUGAGAUUACUCCAACAGAACAGAUUGUGCAGCAGGAGAAAGAAAUGAUUGAGCACUUAUCAGAUCGGAAAACUCUAAUGUCUGUUCGUGAAUUGGCAAAGGGGAUAACCUACACAGAUCCUUUGCCAACAGGUUGGAAGCCGCCAUUGCCGAUCAGAAGGAUGUCGAUGAAGCAGUGUGAUGCAAUUCGAAAGCAGUGGCACAUCAUAGUGGAUGGUGACAAUGUACCCCCACCUAUUAAAAAUUUCAAGGAUAUGAGAUUUCCUGAACCGAUUUUGAAGAGGUUAAAAGCCAAGGGGAUCGUGCAACCGACCCCCAUUCAGGUGCAGGGUCUUCCUGUGAUUUUAUCUGGAAGGGAUAUGAUAGGGAUUGCUUUCACUGGUUCAGGGAAGACAUUGGUUUUUGUGCUUCCCCUGAUCAUGGUUGCAUUACAAGAGGAGAUUAUGAUGCCGAUUGCUCCAGGAGAAGGGCCAUAUGGUCUGAUUAUUUGCCCAUCUAGAGAGCUGGCCAGGCAGACUUAUGAAGUGGUGGAAGAAUUUUUAGCUCCUAUGAGAGAAGCUGGAUAUCCAGAACUGAGGCCAUUGCUCUGUAUUGGUGGAGUGGAUAUGCGAUCACAGUUGGAUGUUGUCAAAAGGGGCGUUCAUAUUGUAGUUGCUACUCCUGGAAGGUUGAAGGAUAUGUUGGCAAAGAAAAAAAUGAGUCUCGACAGUUGCAGGUAUCUCACCCUUGAUGAAGCCGAUAGACUGGUAGAUUUGGGUUUUGAAGAUGACAUUAGAGAAGUGUUUGACCACUUUAAAGAUCAACGGCAAACUCUCUUGUUUUCUGCUACCAUGCCGGCCAAAAUUCAGAACUUUGCCAGAAGUGCUUUGGUAAAGCCUGUUACGGUUAAUGUGGGAAGAGCUGGAGCUGCUAACCUCGACGUGAUUCAGGAGGUUGAGUAUGUCAAGCAAGAGGCUAAGAUUGUAUAUCUUCUUGAAUGCUUACAGAAAACCCCACCACCUGUUCUAAUAUUCUGUGAAAACAAAGCUGAUGUGGAUGACAUUCAUGAAUACCUUCUCCUUAAAGGAGUCGAAGCAGUGUCUAUUCAUGGAGGGAAAGAUCAGGAGGACAGAGAAAAUGCCAUUUCGUCCUUUAAGGCAGGCCAGAAAGAUGUACUUGUUGCUACUGAUGUGGCCUCAAAAGGGUUGGAUUUUCCUGACAUUCAGCAUGUUAUUAACUAUGACAUGCCAGCAGAAAUUGAAAACUACGUUCACAGAAUCGGACGAACAGGAAGAUGCGGUAAGACUGGAAUAGCAACAACAUUCAUAAACAAGAACCAGAGUGAGACAACACUUCUAGAUUUGAAGCAUCUAUUGCAAGAGGCAAAGCAGAGGAUACCACCAGUGUUGGCUGAGCUUAAUGAUCCGAUGGAUGAUAUCGAUGCCAUUACUAACAUAAGCGGGGUCAAGGGUUGUGCUUAUUGUGGUGGGCUUGGUCAUCGUAUAGUUGAUUGUCCUAAGUUAGAGCAUCAGAAAAGUGUAGCUAUUUCCAGUUCAAGAAGGGACUAUUUUGGCUCUGGAGGUUACAGAGGGGAAAUAUGAUAAACAAAAACUUGUUCAAGUGUCACAUCCAAAUGAGCACGAAAUCAAACAUGUAACACCAUCUAACUUAGAAAACAAGAAAGAAAUCAUUUAUGGAUACCGAAUUCAUUGCGCAUUUCGCUUUCGGAGUUUCUCUUCCAUGUCUCUCAAACUCUUAUACGGGUGUGAUUAUACAUAUAUAUAUCACUAGUUUCAUGAAGCAAAUUAUUUGUUACAGGACCCUUUGUAACUAAAACAUUUUAUGAAGCUGAAGGAUGUGGAUGGAAGCUGGUGUUGCUAAACCUGUCUUUGCAUGUAAUUCCUUAGCUGAUUAUAUCUCCAAGUUUGCACAAGAGUUUCCUUUAGAUCCUCAAAAUUUAUAGAUGUAACUUUUUUUGUAUAAUGAUGUAGUGAAUUAAUGAAUUUUGUAUCUUUCUUUUACCUGGAAGUGGAAGUUACCUGUUGCAUUUCA